AUGAUGCAAUCCUUUAAAUCAUUACGACCAUCUUCGAUUGCGCCGAGACUAAUCCCUUCUCUCAUCUCAAAGAGAAAUAAAUUUACUAGCCGGUUGAGAUCUCCAAUCCAAGCAGGUCAACCCUUGCAUGAAACUCGUCCAAACCUCUUAAAACCAGGUGAAUUGACUCCUGGAAUCACAGCCCUCGAAUACUUCCAGAGAAGGCACGACCUCAUGGGGAGGCUACCACUCAAUUCGUGUUUAAUCUUACAGAGUAACCAAGUAAAGUAUGCUUCUGGUGCUGUCUUUUACCCUUUUCAACAAGAUAAUGAUUUUUAUUAUUUGACGGGUUGGAAUGAGCCAGAUUCUAUAAUGAUAUUGGAAAGAACUCGUAAAGAUGAGACUAUAUUUCAUAUGAUAACACCACCUAAAGACGCAUUUGCUGAACAAUGGGAAGGUUUCAGAACAGGUGAAAAAGGCGUCAAAGAUAUAUUUAAUGCAGAUGGGAGUUGCUCAAAUUCUAUAGCUGAAUGGCCUUCGUAUCUGGAAAAGAUCUUGAAAAGAAAUGAUACCGUUUACUUUGAUAAGCAAAUGAUCAAGAAUUCUAGUCAUAACCCUGCUCAUCACAAACAAAUAUGUACUGUGUUGCAGAUAAAUAAUAAGCUAGAUCGAUUGAAAACUGAUGCAAGAGAAAUUAUUGCGGAGAUGAGAAAGAUUAAAUCAGAUGCUGAACUUAGAGUGAUGAGAAGAGCUGGCCAAAUUUCAGGAAGAAGCUACAAUCAAGCUUUCGGUCGAAGAUUCCGAAACGAGCGUACUUUACAUUCUUUCCUCGAGUAUAAGUUCGUAUCCGGCGGGUGUGAUAAGUCAGCAUAUAUACCGGUAGUAGCAUCAGGAUCGAACUCAUUAUGCAUUCAUUAUACCAGUAAUAAUGAUGUGAUGUAUGAUGAUGAAAUGGUUCUGGUAGAUGCAUCUGGGGCACUGGGUGGGUAUUGUUCUGACAUUUCGAGAACAUGGCCUGUUAAUGGGGAGUUCACUGAACCUCAAAAAGACUUAUAUUCCGCUGUUUUAAAUGUUCAAAGAAAAUGUAUCCAACUUUGUAAAGCCUCUAAUAACUAUUCCUUACAGGAUAUUCAUAAUAAAAGUAUGGAAUAUAUGAAGGAGGAAUUGCUUAACUUGGGAAUUCCAAAUGCGGGAAAUUGGGAAGUAGAUAAAUUAUAUCCUCAUUACAUCGGCCAUAAUUUGGGGCUAGAUGUGCAUGACGUGCCACAAGUGUCGAGAUUUGAGCCAUUAAAGCCAGGACAAGUUAUUACAAUCGAGCCUGGUUUAUAUAUUCCUAAUGAUACUCAAUUUCCAGAUUAUUUCAGAAAUGUUGGCAUUAGAAUUGAAGAUGAUAUUGCUAUUCAUGAAAAUAGUUUUACUAAUUUGACAAUAGAAGCAGUAAAGGAACUACCAGACCUGGAAUCAGUAAUGACUGGUGGGUCUAUGACAAAAAUGGACGAAGAUGUUAUCUCUCCAUUAGACUUGUAA